AUAUGCGACAACGAGGACGACCCGUGCCCGAAAAGUGAGAUCUGUCUCAUAUGAUAUUGUUGUGUAAUACGCCGCUCUGUCAUCACCUGAUCCCGGGGAAACGACUUGAUCGGGGAUCCGGGCGUUCCUCAGUCGUUCCCGCGCUUCCGCAUCGCGCCCUACAUCCCCGACGAUCGAUACGCGGACGGGUUAACGGGUUUACCGAGGCUCGAGGACUCUCGUCGCCAGUUAACUUUCCUCUCCCCCCGUCAGAGUCAAACGGAGGAAAUCGCACUCGAGAUCAGCUGAUUCUUGUUAAGGAAAGUCUGCGAGAACGAGAGCCUUCGGAGAGUCUGCGAUUUAACGCGGCCGUUGUAUUCGGCAACACCAAAUAAAUUGACUUGGGAACCGUCGAUUUCUCAUUUGGAGAAAGUUCAAGGUGAUGAGUUCUCAGGCAUUUGGAGAAAGUUCAAGUCUAGCGUGCGUCGCGAGGAGAGGGAAGUCACGCGGGGAAGAUGAAGACGAUCUGGGUAAUCGGCGGGCCGGGAUGCGGCAAGGGGACGCAGUGCGACCGUAUGAUCGAGAAGUAUGGAUUACUUCACUUGAGCAGCGGCGAUUUGUUAAGGGCGGAAGUCGCCAGUGGCAGCGAGAGAGGCGCGUCGCUCCAGGAUCUCAUGUCCAAGGGACUGUUCGUGCCAACGGACAUUGUGCUGGCGCUAAUAAAGGAACAGAUGGACAAAGCUCGCGCGGAAGGAACUACGAAGACCGGAUUUCUCAUCGACGGCUACCCUCGUGAGAAAGAUCAGGGUAUUCUCUUUGAAGAAAACGUGUGCCCCGUCGAUUUAAUUCUCUUCUUCGAUGUAGCGAAUGACACCCUGAAAAAGAGACUCUUCGGACGCGCCGCUGUGUCUCAAAGGGCGGACGACAACGAGGAGUCGAUCAAAAAGAGAAUCGAAAUAUUUAAUGCGAAGAACAGCGAGAUCGUCGAACAUUACAAAGACAAAGUUGUCAGAAUUAAUGCGGAGGGAACAGUGGACGAAAUAUUCGCCGAGGUAACGAAAGCGUUGGACGCUUUAUUAGCUUAGAUACAUUGCACCGGAAACUUUCAAAGAGCUGCAAGGGAGAUUAGUUGCUCUUUAAAAACAAAUCGUUACCAAAGUUUAUUACAUUCUAGAUGACUUGUUGGAGACUCACUCGAAUGAAAUAUACGCGUACAAAUUAGGUACUUUUGAUUGUUAAUUGUUGAAUAAAACAUAGAACUGCUUUAA